GUAAUUGGCUUCUGGCUGCGGCCCAGUGUCAAACACUGCGCGCCGAUGUAAGCAUUUGCAAGCGAAGUAGUCUUCGCGACUCACAGAAACGCCCACAUGAAGCAACCUCGUGUUCAUAGCGCUUAUAUAUGUACGGGACGACUACUGCCCAAGCCAGUUCAGUAAUGUCAGCAGCCCCGCGCAACGAGCGGUACUCUCGCUCGCAGUGGCUGACACAGGCUGAUGCUUUGCGCAUUCCCUCGCAGCCAAACAAACAAGCAGUGCAACAGAUCUUGAUGCUUGCACUUUUGCAUCACAUGCACUUUACUUGUUGGGCGAGAGGUUGGGGAGCGGGGGAACGGGUGCACAUUGGGCCCCCGCGCACUCCCCGCCACCUCGCCUGGGCCCGUAGCGUAAGCGUUGCGCUCUACGCAUUGGCCCACCCCCGUGCCCGCUCACAAAAUGCCCUUGACCUCGGAGGGGAUCGAACCCCCAACCUUCGGAUGGUGCCCUUCCGGUAUAGUGUCCGGAGGAUUGGAAUCCGACGCGCCACCAUUACGCCACGAAGCCCUAGUGCGGGAGCAGAAACCUCUGCGAGGCGAUGCCACCAGAACGCCGCCACGUGCUCCCACCCACACUGUGCCGGUGCUGACGACCAGCAGCAUUGACAGUCAGCCACGGCGCGUUCCCUACCGGUACUCCCGUCUGCCCGCUGGUGGCGGAAAUGGGUACCACACGGCUUAGUGACCUUACGGCCGUGAGCCCUCGGCAUGAGGUCAGCUGCAACUCGUCGGCUCCGAGUCUAAGGCAGCAGCGGUGAUAAGGCUCUACAACGUCAUGUUCGCUUGUGCGUGUUGCGUUUUUUCAAGCACGUCAAAGGCUGGGUCGAAACUUCUUGGCCGCUGGAUUCACGGAAAAGCACUCAGCGCUGGCGCUCCGGGGGGGGGGGUUGGAGUGGUUCCCAGAGCGUCCACCACAGGCGGAGGCAGGCGGUCACUCCCGGGGACCGCGGGUACCCGGAUUCAGCGCACCUGUCAAUGCUGCUGGUCGUCAGCACCGGCACAGUAUGGCUGGGGGCGUGUGGCGGCCGUAAUGUGGCAUCGCCUCGCAGAGAUUUCUGCUGCUGCACUAGGGCUUCGUGGCGUAAUGGUGGCGCGUCGGAUUCCAAUCCUCCGGACUUCAGCCGGAAGGGCACCAUCCGAAGGUUGGGGGUUCGAUCCCCUCCGAGGUCAAGGGCAUUUUGUGAGCCGGCACGGGGGUGGGCCAAUGCGUAGAGCGCAACGCUUACGCGGCCCAGGCGAGGUGGCGGGGAGCGCGCGGGGGCCCAAUGUGCACCCGUUCCCCGCUCCCCAACCUCUCGCCCAACAAGUAAAGCGCACGUGAUGCAAAAAGAUGUAAGCGUGGUAAGGAUUCGACCACCCGGGGAGAAGGAUGAUGGGUGUGCGAUGGAUGAUGAAGGAUGGUGGGGCAUGAGCAGUCGGCUGGUUUGGCGACAUGCCGCGCACAGGGUUGGGGCUUGGACCUUGGGACCAGCGGCGCUGGUUGGUUGGGUCGCAUGUGAAUGAGGUGCUGCGCAGCAUGGUGCAGAGGCGGGCAAUUGGGCGUGUUGAACUGAUGGUGCGUGUAUGGCUGCGGUGGAUGUGCGGGCCCCAAAUUUUAAAGGCAGAGACACGACAUGCUUUGAGUCGGUCACGGCUUGCCCAGGUGUGCUCUGGUCUGGCUACUUGAGGGUGAGCAGCAGGCGCAGUGGGAGCUGGGAAGGGCACUGGUGCUGUGGUGCCCAGCCGUUCUGCCAACCUCCGUACUCCAUGUGGUGUCGCGGGCCGUGUCGGAGGCUGGGCGGCUGGGGCCCGGGAACCUGAGCCGGGGAGGCCCCCAGGUAGCUGAACAAUGCGGUGUCACAGGAAUGCAAAAGGGGCACGACCGUGCGCCUGCGUUACAGGCCGUCUGCUCAGCUCCAGCAGGGGGGGGGGUAGAAAGCUCAGAUUCUUACCCCAUGCUCAAAAUUACAGAGCUUUAGGAGAGCAUUAUGCACGUACUUUUAGUUUUUUAAGGGGAUCUCUGGUGAGGAAGGUCUGGGCCGCCAAAGUUGGGGGGUCGGUCCUCGUCCCUGGGGGUCCGUCGGGUUUCGGGAGCCCAUCCCGGCGGAUUUCGGGAAGCGCCCCACAAGCAGAACUAGUGGCCAAACGCAGCAGUACGAGGCUCAUAUGUGCACGUUAUGACGUCAUAAGCACAAACAAAGCGUGGGAGGGCUAAGUUGCGCGUCCGGGCGUGGACAUGUCGGGACAUGUCUCCACAUUCGACACAUGCGCACUGUCACAGCUGGGCUCUGAAGCGCUGGUGCGCACGAGUUCACGUCUAACAAGGCUGCCGAUGCACAUUGUCCAUUCGUCACGCGGCAGAGAGUUGAGCGCGGGGUGGUCUGGGUCGAGGGGAUUUCCAUGGAUAGGAUCCCGCCGGUGACCGAAGUCUCAGAACAGGACCGCUGAUGACACGGAGUGAUAGUGCUCGUCAAGAGGAGUCGAUUGACACCACUUUGGUAUUAAA